AUGGCACAGCCGCCUCGCACGCCGCACCUCGGCUGCCUGCUCGCCCUCAACUUUGGGCUGCCCACAGCCCGCUCUGCUGAACCGACCCGGGCCAGCCGGGGGUGGGGAGCGCGGGGGGUCGGGGGGUGGGGACGCGAGGACGGAGGGGGAGAGGUUACUGUGGGAGAAUAUAUCUCCCUUACGCAUCCCUCCCACCCUUCCUCCGGUGCAAGCGCCACUAAAUCUCACCCUAACAUCCCUUCGCUUUUGAGAGACCUGGCGAGACCGCCAGAGGGAUGCGGGCGGCCCCGUGCUCUCCCCGUGCGGGAGACGUCCGCGUCCCCCGAGCCGCCCGUGCCUAGAGGGGAGGAGGUGGCUGGGCUGCCGCGGAAGGACCGCAGCACAACGAGCGCCCGCAUCGGGGACUCACCCGGCGCAGCUCCGGGGAGGACCCGCACUCUCCCUUCCCUACCCAGCCCGGACGGCGGCUCCGCAGCACGAACCCGGCGGCACUUCACGCGUUAUCUCGGACAGCCCUCCCGGUCAGCUCGGCGGACGCGUACCAAGAGCGGGAUCCUGCCCCCCUCCUCCCGAAGUACUCAUCGCUAUCGACCCGGCGGGGGGAAGGCUGAGCCCCUGGGGCACGCGUAUGACAGCUCCGCCGGGCCGCUUGUGGGUGCGCUCCCGUUGCGCCCCGAGCUCGGCCGGCAACACUCGCACCCCCGCGCCCCGGUCAGAAGUCGCUCCCCCGAAGCUGUAGUGAUAAAAGCGGUUACCUGCCGCUGGAAGGGUGGGCCCCGAUGUCCUCCGGUGGCAACUCGCGCUGCGGCGUUCACGUUCCCCGCGGCAUUAAAGGUUAGCGCUGCUUCCAUCGCCGACCUCCAAACGAUGUUUUAAAAUUGCUGCAACAAAAUAAAUCGAAACGGCCCGUUA